AGGGGCGGGCAAUUUGGGAUCGACAGUGACUCGCGACUGGUCGGCGCGGCGAGAGCAGAGCGGCGCGCCGGUUCCUUGGCUCCCGAGGGCGAUGGCGCCGGGUGGCUGGCGCCGGCUGCGCCGCCUGUUAUCCGCGGGACAGCUUCUAUUCCAGGGCCGCGCGCUGCUCGUCACUAACACGCUGGGCUGCGGCGCGCUCAUGGCGGCAGGUGAUGGCGUGCGCCAGUCCUGGGAGAUCCGCGCCCGGCCCGGCCAGGUUUUCGACCCACGGCGCUCCGCGAGCAUGUUUGCGGUGGGCUGCAGCAUGGGUCCCUUCCUUCACUACUGGUACUUGUCGCUGGAUCGCCUAUUCCCUGCGUCUGGCCUCCGAGGCUUCCCAAAUGUCCUCAAGAAGGUCCUCGUGGAUCAGCUGGUAGCCUCUCCCUUGCUGGGCGUCUGGUACUUCUUGGGCCUUGGCUGCCUGGAGGGUCAGACAGUGGGUGAGAGCUGCCAGGAGCUGCGGGAGAAGUUCUGGGAAUUCUACAAGGCAGACUGGUGCGUGUGGCCUGCUGCGCAGUUCGUGAACUUCCUCUUCGUGCCCCCCCAAUUUCGAGUCACCUACAUCAACGGCCUGACGCUGGGCUGGGACACGUACCUGUCCUACUUGAAGUACCGGAGCCCAGUUCCUCUGACACCCCCAGGCUGUGUGGCCCUGGACACCCGAGCAGACUGAACUGUCUGCUUCCUGGACCGGAUGCAAGACUGACUCCUGGCAGACCACCCCCUCUACCAGAAGGGGAAUGGGUUCCUGCAGCAAGCUCGGGUCCUGGGCCACAUCCCAGCACCACUCCAGCUCCCAGGCAUUGGGCUGAGCUGCCCUUUCCAAGCUCACUUCUGGGACUCAGUUUCCCCAACCGGAACACACCCGUGAAGAUGGAUGAUCAUCCCCUAGCCCUUCUCAGCAGGAACCUCAUGCGACCUGUGACCAAGAUGUCCCAUCCUCAGCACAGGGCCCACCCUGCCAACCAGUCUCAAGCACCAGCCCCUCAACACUGCCAUCCACCUGGCUCUGGGCCAAGCCACUAAUCCAGAGCUCCCUCAGGUCCUGGGACUAAGGCGGGGACAUGACCGAUCCCCUCAGAGCAGGCUCAGGCCCGGAGUUGGCCCCCAAAAGUUUCACAUAGGGCCAGGCAGCCUCUGUGUUUCUUUCCCUGGUCGUGAACUGUGGAAAUGCCAUUAAAUUCUCUCUAUAAUGUAACAAACUGCUGGCUGGGCGCAGUGGUUCCCACCUGUAAUCUCAGCCUUUCACGAGGCUGAGGUGGAAGGAUUGCUUGAGGCCAGGUGUUCGAGACCAGCCUGGGCAACAUAGCAAGACCCUAUCUCUAUUUAUAUUGAAAAAUAAAAAUAACAAAAGAAAA